CCAUGAAGAUCGCAGUACUUUGGAUUGUGGCUUUGCUUGCGUCUGUUCCUUCUAUGAUGGAUCUUCCAAAGUCAGCUCAAGUUGUUGCAUCUGAUGAUGAUACUGAUACGGGCAGGGAGAUAAGCAUUGAUUGUGGGGUAACUCAAGAAAGUGAGGACACAAAUGGAUUUCAUCACGUGGCAGAUAAUGCAGACGUUGUAGAAUCUGGAGAAAUACAUAAUAUAUCUUAUAAGGACGCACUUGAUAAUAGCCAAGAACAAGUUUGGGAACAGAUGAAAACACUAAGAAGUUUUCCAGAAGGGAAAAGGAAUUGCUACACACUCAAACCCAAGCAAGGCAAACACAACAACUAUCUCAUUAGGGCUUAUUUUUCAUAUGGAAACUAUGACAACAAAACCUCUAUUCCAUCCUUCUAUUUAUAUCUUGGCGUCAAUUUCCUGGAAGAAAUUAAGUUACAGACUGUUGAUGUAAUUCGGCGAAGAACAGUCAUUCAAAUGUCCCCAACAAACUACAUUGAUGUGUGUCUUGUAAACGUUGGUAAAGGCAUACCUUUUAUUUCGUUGUUAGAACUAUGGCCUCUGUCAAAUUCUAUAUAUAGAGCCACCUCUAGUUUGCUGCCAUUACGACUCCUCACAUGUGUUAACUUGGGUAUGUCUGAAGACCUUAAAUUUAUAAGAUAUGCAGAUGAUAUCUAUGGUAGGUCGUGGUUGAAUGCAAAGAUAAAUAACUCAGAGCGAUUCUACACAUCAGAAGCCAUAAACAGUGAUGUAAAAGAGUACAAACUACCCGAUGAAGUGUUAAGAACUGCAGUUCGAGCACUAAAUGAUUCGGCUUCCAUAUAUAUCAACUUGACGUCAAUUGGUUUUACAGCAGAUAGCGAACACUAUGUUUACCUUCAUUUCUUUGAUUUCGAGGAGCAUUCUAAGGGUCAAGUAAGAAGCAUGGAAAUCACUUUCACUGAUGCAAUCCGAGAGCCUGUAACUCUUAGAUACCAGGUUGUUUAUACCUUGGUGAAGAGAAUUCCAAAAGGUGUUCUUAUUGAUCAAACUUAA